CCGUCUCUCGGUUGGUUUGCCGCCGACAUCUAUCUUCUUGGUUGCCUUUGUUAUAUAUACGUUGACACUUCAUGAUUAUUUAAGAGAGAGCAACUGGGUUCUUUGAACAUCAUCCUUAGGAUGAACUCUCUCGUGCCUGAGAGCCAUCGUACACCAUGACGACAUCUCCAAGUACCUUCCCCGCGCAGGUUAUCCCAGGUCGUGGGAUCGGCUUCUUAACUCUCGGAGCGUCAUUACAUAACAUCCUAACCCGCCUCAAAGGGCACCCGCAAUCGUACCCGACUAUUAAUCUGGUCUACUCUUCCUCGAAUCCUGUUUAUGAGCCUAUUCUGAUAUGUCUUCCCGAAAAUGGCCUACGGCUGCGGUUCGAUGGUCCAGAUCAAAGGCUGCGGUUGAUCGAGGUGUUGGAUUUCACAAAGAUCUCCCUCUCCUAUGAGAACACGGACUUCCCUAAACUGAGCAAAUCCGACGGGGUCCAACAGGCCGGGCCAAAAUUCCGCCAUAUUAACCGGCUGUUUGGGGUAACAUAUCCUGGAGAGUACAUCCCCCCCUCUGCAAACGGAACCCAUGGAACUUGCAUCCUAUCGUAUCCUGGGGUUGCGUUUUCGUUUUCCGUCUUACACUCAUCCUGGACCACCAAACGUGACAGCCUUUCUUUGAUGGCAUCUUCAGCUGCAUCCCCCGCACAGUCCAUGGCGGUAUUUCUCGGGGAUUCGUGGGCAGCUGCCCGAUCAGACCUGUUUACACGCCAGCCAAUCUACCCUAGGUUGACUGCACUUGCUGGGAAGAAUAAGGAAUACCUUGCCGAUGAGAUUGAGCUUGUCACGGUUCAUGGAGGAGGUAGAAUUGAGCUUGUUCGGAAAGCUAGUGCACCUUUCUGGAUUACCUUAUCUGAGACCACGCCGCAAGAUUUAAUCGCAGAGUUGGGCCCACCCGAUGCGAUUUACCGAAAAAGCGACCGUCGGAUUCGAAUCCACGGUGGGAGGCCCUCGAACAACUCUCCCAGUCUCGGUACCAGUCCUUCGCCCCGCCAUGGCCCUAUUGACCCCGUGGAUUUUGACCAUACGCCUGACACAAGUGCCAUAGAGGAUUCUGAUGAAGACUCUUCAUCAUCUUCGGAGCGGAACCCCUCAUCCGUGGCCGGUGAAUGCUUUUAUAACUAUUUUAACCACGGAUUUGACGUAUUCAUAUCUCAACCAACCGCGUCUGGACCGCCGUUCCCGGGUUCUUCGAGUACAAAACCACUUUCGGUGGGAAACCCAUCGCAACUCACCGCCACUAAACUAAUUCUACAUGGGAACAUUCCUGGUUCCUACCCAUUUAACCGGCAUAGGCGGAGUCGCUGGGUGCUAAAUAUUAACGGUGACGAUUCUCUGAAUUCAGAAACACCCUAUAGUGUAGUAUCGGAGAGGCUUAAGAAACUCUGGAAUGGCUUCUACUCGAAUCCUUCAGAAGAGGCCGCCUUUCAGAGGGGCAUGGUGCUUAAUCGUGGCUGGGGCGACAGCCCCGGCAGCAGCAUCGAACUCCUCGGGGGUUGGGAAGAGAGCAUCGGGAAUAGACAGGGGGAUCAACCCGCUCUUGGCGAUGCCAAUGCGCUUGGUAACACGGAGAUAUAUGGGUUUCCGGGGUCUCUUUUUGAAGUUUUGAAGAACGAAUCUGUUAGCUGCUUGACGAUUUACUAGAUUUACGCUGGCGUUCAAAGGUGGAGUGGACAACUGGGAUAGUUUAGAGCGACAAUACCCACUUCUCACUUGGUCUGAUUAGAGAAGAUGGUGCAGUAUGUGUGUAACUUUAUUAUAAGUGAUCACAUUUUAUA